ACCAGCCACAAGGACCUGUGUUCCGAUCAAUCACGCUGCUGCAGCACUCUGAAGCCUCCUGUGGCUGACCUCAGCGGCUGCACGCCUCCUCCGGGUUCAGUGCUUCCGUCGACUGGGAAGGGAAUUGUUUUAUGGGCUUUGUAGGGGAACUGUUCUGUCACGUAUGAGGAACAACGCUCAAGGCUUCCAGCAUUAAUUCUCCUUAGGAUACCUCUCUCCAUGACGCAGGUGUCACUCUAUGAUUGUGUGAGGUCGUAGCCGAUCAGCAGCAGUGUCAGGACCAGGGGAGAGUGUACCAGUAGGAAGACCAUGGACCUUAGAUUCAGAAGGCUGUUGCCUCUCACCAGGGCAGCUCUUCAUCUCCUGCUGCUGGCCAGACUGGUGCUGCCUUCUCAUUCAGAAAGCAUGCCCAACUUCAUCAAGUCCCCUGAUGAUCAGACAGGGAUUUCGGGAGGAGUGGCGUCAUUCGUAUGCCAGGCAGUGGGUGAGCCCAAACCUCGCAUCACCUGGAUGAAGAAGGGGAAAAAAGUCAGCUCUCAGCGCUUUGAGGUGAUUGAGUUUGAUGACGGCUCUGGCUCGGUGCUGCGUAUUCAGCCUUUGAGGACCCACCGCGACGAAGCCAUCUAUGAAUGCACAGCCACCAACAGUGUGGGAGAGAUCAACACCAGCGCCAAGCUCACUGUCUUAGAAGAGGACCAGAUCCCUCAUGGUUUCCCCACCAUAGACAUGGGACCCCAGCUAAAGGUUGUGGAGAGAACGCGUACAGCUACCAUGCUAUGUGCAGCCAGCGGCAACCCUGACCCAGAGAUUUACUGGUUCAAAGACUUCCUACCUGUGGACAUCAGCAGCAGCAACGGACGCAUAAAACAGCUGCGUUCAGGAGCGCUUCAGAUUGAGAACAGCGAGGAGUCGGACCAGGGCAAGUACGAGUGUGUGGCAGUCAACAGCGCAGGGACUCGCUACUCUGCUCCGGCUAACCUUUAUGUUCGAGUUCGUCGUGUGCCUCCCCGUUUCUCCAUCCCCCCAACCAAUCAUGAGGUGAUGCCCGGUGGCAGCGUCAACCUGACCUGCGUUGCGGUUGGUGCUCCCAUGCCUUAUGUCAAGUGGAUUAGUGGCGAAGUGGAGCUGACUCGGGAGGAGGAGAUGCCUAUUGGCCGCAACGUCCUGGAGCUCACUAACAUCCGGCAGUCCACCAACUACACCUGUGUGGCCAUAUCCUCCCUGGGCAUGAUUGAGACCACAGCCCAGAUCACUGUCAAAGCCCUGCCCAAGCAGCCCACUUCCCUCAUUGUGACAGAAACCACGGCCACUAGUGUCACCUUGACCUGGGAUUCUGGCAACCCAGAACCGGUGUCCUACUAUGUGAUCCAGUAUCGCAGCAAACUGUCUGACAACGGCUUCCAGGAAGUAGAUGGAGUAGCUACAACACGAUACAGUAUCGGCGGCCUUAGCCCCUUCUCUGAAUAUGACUUUCGUGUCAUGGCUGUCAACAAUGUCGGCCGUGGGCCCCCCAGCAGUAACGUGGACACCCGUACAAGCGAGCAGGCACCGUCAUCACCUCCUCUUCAUGUCCAGGCACGCAUGCUAAGCUCCAGCACCAUGCUUGUCCAGUGGGAACCUCCAGAGGAACCCAAUGGCCAAAUCCAGGGAUACCGGGUCUACUACAGCUCCAAGCAUGACGCCCCACUCAGUGCCUGGCAGAAGCACAACACAGAUGACAGCCAGCUCACCACCAUCUCAGGUCUCACCCCAGAUAUCACUUACAGCCUGAGGGUGCUAGGCUUCACCUCUGUGGGAGACGGGCCUCCCUCUGAUGUUCUGCAGAUCAAGACCCAGCAGGGAGGUGAGAAUGCGCUCGCUCAGAGGAUGUUUGCGGCCAGCCCGUUCUCUGAGCCCAUCACAGUGAAGCUCCACAAUGGGAUGACCCGACAAACUGAGGACCCGGAGAUGCUUUGGGUUAUGGGUCCAGUGCUGGCUGUCAUUCUCAUCAUCAUCAUAGUUAUUGCUAUUCUUCUCUUCAAGAGCAAACAAGAAAGGAAACGAACAUCUCCAGCCAAGGACGAGCACAUGGCGGGGGUCAAGGACUCUCUGCUUGCCCACUCCUCAGACCCUGUGGAGAUGAGGAGACUCAACUAUCAGACACAAGGUUCCAGUGCCCUCAGCUGCCCAAACACUCCAAGGAUGAGGGAGCAUCCUCCCAUUGCAAUCUGUGACCUGGCAGACCAUAUAGAGAGACUCAAGGCCAAUGAUGGUCUGCGCUUCUCUCAGGAAUAUGAGUCUAUUGAUCCAGGUCAGCAGUUCACCUGGGAGCACUCCAACCUGGAGGUCAACAAGCCAAAGAACCGCUAUGCAAAUGUUAUUGCCUACGACCACUCCAGGGUCAUCCUCACACCUGUGGAUGGAGUUCCAGGUAGCGACUACAUCAACGCCAACUACAUUGAUGGCUACAGGAAGCAGAAUGCUUACAUUGCCACACAGGGGCCGCUGCCGGAGACACUGAGUGACUUCUGGAGGAUGGUGUGGGAGCAGAGGACCUGCACCAUCGUUAUGAUGACCCGCCUAGAGGAGAAGUCACGGGUGAAGUGUGACCAGUACUGGCCCAGUCGAGGCACAGAGACAUAUGGGAUGAUUCAGGUGACCAUGCUGGACACUGUGGAGCUGGCUACGUACACAGUACGCACAUUUGCCCUCUAUAAGAAUGGCUCAAGUGAGAAGAGAGAAGUUCGACAGUUCCAAUUCAUGGCCUGGCCUGAUCAUGGAGUGCCUGAGUAUCCCACCCCAACACUGGCCUUUCUACGCAGAGUCAAGGCCUGUAAUCCUCCAGACGCUGGACCCAUGGUGGUCCACUGCAGUGCUGGUGUGGGCCGGACAGGCUGCUUCAUUGUGAUCGAAGCCAUGCUGGAGAGGAUGAAACAUGAGAAGUCGGUGGAUAUAUACGGUCACGUGACGUGUAUGCGAGCUCAGAGGAACUACAUGGUGCAGACAGAGGAUCAGUACGUAUUCAUCCAUGAGGCCCUGCUGGAAGCUGCAACAUGUGGCAACACUGAAGUCCCAGCCAGAAACCUGUAUGCCCACAUCCAGAAGCUCACCCAAAUCCCUUCUGGAGAGACUGUCAGCGCCAUGGAACUGGAGUUUAAGAAACUGGCAAACUCUAAAGCACAUACCUCAAGAUUCAUCAGUGCCAACUUGCCGUGUAACAAAUUCAAGAACCGUCUGGUAAACAUCCUGCCUUUUGAAUCCACCCGAGUCUGCCUGCAGCCAAUCAGAGGGGUGGAGGGCUCCGACUACAUCAAUGCCAGCUUCAUCGACGGAUACAGGCAGCAGAAAGCAUACAUGGCCACCCAGGGCCCGUUAGCCGAGACCACAGAGGACUUCUGGAGAAUGCUGUGGGAACACAACUCCACCAUUGUGGUCAUGCUCACCAAACUCCGCGAGAUGGGACGGGAAAAGUGCCAUCAGUACUGGCCUGCUGAGCGCUCAGCACGCUACCAGUACUUUGUUGUGGACCCUAUGGCUGAGUACAACAUGCCUCAGUACAUCCUGAGAGAAUUCAAAGUCACAGAUGCCAGGGAUGGUCAGUCAAGGACCAUCAGGCAGUUUCAGUUCACUGACUGGCCAGAGCAAGGAGUGCCAAAAACUGGAGAGGGAUUCAUCGAUUUCAUCGGCCAAGUGCAUAAAACUAAGGAGCAAUUUGGACAAGAUGGACCAAUCACUGUGCACUGCAGUGCUGGUGUUGGGAGGGCUGGUGUGUUCAUCACCCUGAGCAUAGUCCUGGAGAGGAUGAGGUAUGAGGGAGUGGUCGACCUCUUCCAGACCGUCAAGACGCUCCGAACUCAGAGGCCAGCCAUGGUGCAGACAGAGGACCAGUACCAACUGUGCUACCGGGCUGCUUUGGAGUACCUGGGAAGCUUUGAUCACUAUGCAACAUAACCCCAUACAAAAAGACACCCUCAGAAGAGUUUGGUGUCUCCUUCGAGCCAUAUCCACUCAGCUCCAUCAGUCCGUGCGGCCUGAUGAGGAGGCUACGAGGAGGACUGAGGAGAAGGUGACCACAGCAGGAAACGGGAGAUUAGAGGAAAGAAAGGAGAUGGGACUAGACAACCUUCUCCUUGACUGGUGCCAUGAUUUUACCACAGAACCUCCUCAAAACCGACCCUGAAAGACUUGUAGUCAUGCCUCAUUCUGAUUCUUGAACUAACAUCCCAGUCAUUCCCCAAUGUCUGCCUCCUCCUAAUAGCAAAAACUAAUUUUCUGCUAUUUUCAUUUAUAUUCAUCUUUACUAUAUUUGUUAUGAAUAUUUAAAAUUCAUUUUGUAAUCACUUACACCACUUAUUGUAUGUCUUAUUUGCUUAUCUUAUUAUUAGCACAAAGGACAUGUAUUUUCAGCACACGUGUUAUUAAUACUGGAGAGUAUAUACUCACAGCUGCUAAUAAUUUUAUUUUGUACCAUAGAUACGAUAUUAUAAUGUUAUCAUUACUCAGUUUAUCUGAUAUGGGAGGAAAUGUGGGUUUGACUUCCUGUCUUCACAUAACAGAAUGAUGAUCUGCCAAAUAGAUCAAAUAAACAGAUAACAUUUGUGAACUACAGAAUGAAACAAACAUGCGAGGAUUAUUCAGAUUUGAACAACUGGUAGCAUGUACAGAGUUUCUUGUCAAUAAUCAUUGACAAAUUUUCUCAAAGCUUUCAGACAUCAACCCAACAAAAGAAAUAUAAUGCUGUUGGAAAGGUUGUGUGCACCAUAGGUUUCACAUCCCCUUUUAAGGUGGACUCAGGUAGGCUACACACAGACAGAUUGUGAGAUUUUUUGUGAAAUAAGUGUGAUGACAAAUGCUGAUCACAUGCUCCAUGCAUGAAAAAGAAAGGAAAUCUAUUAAGACAGCAGAACUCCUAUCACCCCAAUUUAUGACAAGAUGUUUUCUACUGAGCACGUUACAUUCAUGCUCAACCUUAAAGGAUAAGGCAGGCUUAACAAGUCCCAUGAACACACCAAAACCAACAAUGUGGUAGUCCACCUCUCAGUACUUUAUGACUUCCCAACCCUGUCUGUGGCUCUCAGCCUCAAGCCCAUUGGUUUACUUUUUUUUUUAAAGAUCAGAAAUGGCACUAGCUUUUAGCAAACUUUACUCAAACAGUAGGCAAUAGUUUGUUGGGGACUAUUUUCAGCUGACAGUUUCAUUUUUUGGACAACAAUGGAGGUCUAUGGCACAGAGGAAGAUCCAUCAGGUUGUGACACAAUACUUUGGGUUUGGGUCUGCACAUGGGAUUUCUUGACACAGGAAAAAAUGUGAAUAUUAUCAAUAUCAUUUACAUUUAACAAACUUUAAAUGUAUGCUUCUUGAUUUUGUUAUUACAGCAAUCAACACCGUAAAAUGUUUGACCUGUUGCUGUUUUUAAUCCCAACACAGUUCACAGCUGAAUUUUAGAGCAUUAACAGUGUGUGGACACUAGGCCUAUUAGAUCAUCUGGAAAAAAAAAUCAGUAGGCUACAAUUAACAAAAUCACAUAACAUUUUUUUCACUUACCCUUAGGUUGCUCUCAGCCAGCCAGAUUUUUUAAGGACAGAAUUGUGGUUCGCUGAACAUAUGUUUCACUUCUUCUAACAUGUAAUCUGGGUUUUGGUGCUCUUACUCAUUUCACAAAAUUUCCAGGCAUUGUGUUGAUACAAAAAUAGCCCAUUUGUGAUUAAGCAAACUGAGUAUGGACAGUUCACCAUCACAUCAUGCACCACAGGACUGCACCCAACCUGACUCUGACAUCACAGAGGGAUGUGAUUUAAUGAUCCCCCACACUUUUCUGACUUUCUUUCUCAUCUUAUGCCCUGCACUUUUCUGUUUGCAAACAUGGCUUUACAUAGACAGGACACACAAGCAGAUACGCUGGAUCACAUAAUAUAUUACAGCUCAACUAUUUUAUCACUGUGUUGUAGACAGACAGACAAGUAACUGAGAGAGCAGUAUCAGUGUUCAGUGGUGGCUCUUCAUUGGAAGAGAUGACAAAGUGAGGUGGUUUUGGAUGAACUGGACUGUAUAAUGGAUUCAUUUCACAGAGUUGUGCUGUAGGGGUCCCAUCUGUUGUAUACACAAUCUGUUUUCUAUUUGUUAAUAAAAAGCAGAGAAAAUGU